AUGGGCUUCAUAAUGACCCGCAAGAGGGCGUACAAUUGGUACAUCUCUCUUGUUGCAGCAUCCUGCAUGGUGCUCUACGGCUACGAUGCAUCAGUGUUCAACUCCGUCCAGGGCUCUAAGAAUUGGCUGGAGUGGAUGAACAAUCCAAAUUCAGCGACAAUUGGUUCAAUCAACACAGCAUACACGGUCGGCGCCAUCUUUGGUGGUUUCUUCCUUGGAGGCCCAUGUGCAGACUUCCUGGGCCGCAAGUUCGGAAUGGGCAUUGGCUGCGUUUUGGUUAUUAUUUCAACCUUCAUGCAAACUUUCUGUCCUCGCCACAAUCUUGCUUGCUUCCUUGCAGGUAGAUGUAUCAUCGGUAUUGGUCAGGGUAUCGCACUAACUUCUGGUCCCAUCUAUAUCGGAGAACUGGCCCCGGCAGAAAUCCGUGGCAAGAUCAUGACUUUUUGGCAGAUGUUCUACUCUGUUGGAUCCUUUAUCUGCUUCUGGAUCAACUUUGCUUGCACCAAGAAUGUCCCUAAGCUGGGCGAGUGGGACUGGAAAUUAGUCGUCGUUUUCCAACUUCUGGUUCCGGUUUUCAUUCUCGUGCUCCUGCCUACUAUCCCCGGCAGCCCUCGUUGGUUCAUCAAGAAAAACGACAACGUUGAAAAAGCCCGUGAAGCUCUGCGAAAGGUUCGGGAUACCGAUGAAGAAGUCGAGCAAGAGCUUCUGGAAAUUCGCGAGGCGAUCGAAUAUGAAAGGGAAGCCAUCUCUGGCAACUACUCUGCCCUCUGGAAGGACAAAUCUCUCCGCAAGCGUAUGGGAUUGGCUCUGGUCAUCAAUGCCGGCCAACAGAUCACCGGCCAAGGCUCGCUCAACUCAUACUCUACCAAGAUCUACCAGAAGGUGUUCACCAGCGACAGCCAGAUUGCUCUGAUCAAUGCUCUGAAUGCCACAUUCGGAAUUCUUUUCACCUUGAACGCCGUGUGGAUCAUCGAUCGUUUCGGCAGAAAAUUCCUUCUGAUCGUCGGUGGCAUCGGUAUGGGUAUUUGUAUGAUCAUUGUCUCCGCCGUUGAGACAGAAACACCAUCCCUCGCCAAUGGAUCGAAAUCAGAACCUGUCGGUAUAUCGAUUGUGUUCCUGCUAUUCCUGUUCAUAUUCUUCUACAAACCAUCUUGGGGCGCAACAGUAUGGAUCUGGACAUCCGAGAUCUUCUCAAUGAACGUCCGCGCUCAGGCCGUGGGCAUGGCAUCCCAGACGCAGAACGUCGCCAAUGCUAUCGUUCAACAGUUCUUCCCUAUCUUCCUCGACAACGAGGGCUUCUAUGCUUUCUACAUGUUCGCCGGUAUCAACUUCCUACUGGCUGCCUUUGUUUGGUUCUUCAUCCCAGAGACCAAGCAGGUUCCUCUUGAGGAGAUUGAUAUUCUGUUUGGCGGCGCCAACCACGUUGCUCAGGGUGAGGAGGUGCUGGCACAACAGAAGGCAGCUCGCAUGGGCUAUGAAGAAAACGAGAAGCCUAUUGCUGUUACAGUGGAACAUACUCGGAGCUAG